AUUAUCAGGCUAUGUAGCUGUCGGUCACGGAAAUGCCGCCUCGGCGUAGACAACCUGCGGCUGGAGCGCGAGCUGCCAAUGCAAACACACGUUCUACAGGAACGGCUGAGGCUUUGUUACAGCAACUACUGGAAUGUCCACUCGCGCAACACGCCGACGCUCUUCUCUCGCGAACUGAGUGCUUUGCACUGUGCGACCUGCUAGAUGGGCUUUCCGGCAAGGCAGUACUCGAACAUGUUCUGCCCAAAAAGGAAUUUAUUCAGUCGCUGGCGCGGAUCUGGGUGCGAGUGCUUCGUGGAGCCGCGGUUGCAUCGCUGGUGAGGGCGGGACCUGGCAGACACAUCAAAAACUAGGCUUAGGAAUAGUCCUCACUAAGCGUAGCGUAGAUGCAAUGUGUGGCCAACUUCAUCGUUGUGGCCAGGGCGGGGUACGCCUUCCAUGAGCGAGCUGAGGCCGCCGCGGAGCCCGCCGCUGCCAGGCACGCGCACGUGGCCCAUCUGGACCAACACGCCAAGCUGCUGCGGCACACGCAAGCAGCCCUCGACGCCCUCAUCGCUCUACAGCCAGAACCCGACCGACCCGACCUGCUGCAGGCGCGGGUGGCCGCCGACACGCUCGCGCUCGCAUCGCAACGCUGUGCCGAGCAGACGCCGCGGCUGCUGGCGCUGCGGCAGCGGAACGCGUGCAUUGUUAAGGCGCUUGAGGCCUCACAUGAACAGCGCGCGGACCGGGCGCGCACGCAACCGGCCGUACUGAGCCUGCCCACUUCUGAAUGGAGCACUAUGUUGCUUGAGUCUGCUCGUCUGGCCGUUCGUCUUGUCGCGGAGCAAGACGGUCAGCCGCCGGAGUUGGUCAUGCAGGCGGUCACGGAGGCAUAUAUUGCCGCCUGCUCGGGCCUGCCCCUCGCCGAGCUCAACUCGCCGCACGGCCUCCUCACGAGCUUGCAGCCGGUCGUGCAGUCGGUGUCACGGGUGGUCUUGCGCGCCACCCCCGCGUCCUGGCUUGCCCUGCCCGCGCCCAUGACGCGCGGUGUGCUGGCGGCGGCGGCCGACCUACAGCGGACGGCGGUGCUUGAGCACACAGCGGCGUUCGCUGUGGCGGUGGACUCGGCAAUGGUGUUGCACCCAGACAUCAUCCGCGCGCGACGCACUGAGCUGGUCUUGGCACAGGUCUUGUCGUUGCUGCAGGCCACAGCCCGUCUGGAGGAGAUUGUCAGUCAUGGCUUCAAAAGCGUCAGCGCCGGCAGUAGCACCUCCGGCGCCGGCGCUGGCAGUAGCAGCAGCGAUGGUGGCGACGACAACUACGAGCGGGCCUUCGCGGGCCCACUGGGGGCGGCGUCGGGGGCUUUGGUGAACCUGCGCGCCGCCUGCUGCGGCCCCGCCGUGACGUACCUCGUACUGGCGGCCGGCGUUACGGCUCUGGCGGAGUUAGAUGGCGGGUCAGUGUACGGCAUGAGUCAGCAGCAGGUGCGCUUCAUGCGCAUCGGGGUCUGCCUGAGCCUGGCGAAGGCGGGCACGCGCCAUGUUGGCGGCGAGGAGGCGGCCGCGAAGGGGCGGGGGGAUGCCGACAGCGCGGAAGUCACGCUGCCGUUCGGGCUGCAAGGUCACUUGCAGCUGCUGCUGCUGUGGCUGGAGGCGGCUGGCGUGUAUGCCGCAACCGCAGGUGUGAAUGCGGCUGAGGGCGGCGCAGACGGACUUAAGGCGGCCGGUGGCGAGGCCGUAGGGCGGGAGGCAGGCAGCAGCGGCAGUUGCAAUGACAAUGUCGGGCAUGACACUGCCUCAGCAGCAGCAGCAGCAGCAGCAGCAGCAGCAGCAGCAGCAGCAGCAGCAGCAGCCGCGGCCGCUGCCACCGUGUCAGACGCAUCCGCGGGUGUGAGCAUGUCUGGCGAUGGGGCCGGGGGCGGCGGCAAGGGCGGGGCCGGCUCCCCUCUCUCGUCUGGAGCGGGCGGCGGCGAGGCAGGUGGCAGCGCCGCCGGUCGGCGAGGCCGCGGCGACCUGACAGAACCGCCAACAGGGUCGGGGCCGGCGGCGCCGGGACCGCCGAGGUCCGGGUCACGGGGUCAGGGCCUGCUGCCAGGGCGGCGGAAGGCGCUCGAGCUUGCGCUGCGGUUGGCGGGCGUGGCGCUGACGUCAGCACGUGCGUGGCUGGGCGACGCAACCGGCACCGGCGCUGCUGGUGCCGCGGCGGGCGGGGGCGGCGGAGGCGCCAGCAGCAGCAGCGGUGCCGGCAGCGCGGCCGCAUCGGCGCGGGCAGCAGCGGCGUCAGCCACCGCGCUGAACGGAGAGCCGGUGCUGCGGUGCGGCCUGCAGGUGCACCAGGCGGCUCCGCUGGCGGUGGCGGCGUUGCGGCUGUCCGGGUGGCUCUCGCCGCGGGACCAGUGGCCGCCUGCGGCUGCGCCCGAUGCCGCCGCCGGCAGCCACGGCCGGGGCGCGGGCGUGCCGGAGUCUGGGAGGUCAGCAGCAGCAGCAGCAGCUUCAGCAGCAGCCGCAGCAGCAGGUUCAGCAGCAGCAGCAGCAGCAGCAGCAGCAGCAGGUUCAGCAGCAGCAGCAGCAGCAACAGCAGCAGCAGCAGCAGCAGCGCCUGCGCCUGCGCCUUCCGCGGCGGCCGUGGCUGCGGAGCUGGCGCACUGGCGACACGUGGCCGCCGCAUGCAGCGCCGUGAUGGACCUGUUGGACCUGCGGUGGGAGCGCCGUGACGCCGCCGCCGCCGCCGCCGCCGCUGGCCCGUCCGCCUCAGCUGUUAGGCGGCGGGCUGCGGGCGGUGCUGGAGCCGGCAAGGGCAGGGGCGGCGACGGGGGUGGGGGUGGGGCUGGCGAUGACGAGGAUGGCGGUUACACGGGUGACAUGCGGGUGCUGGCCGACAUGGUGACCGUGUUGAGCGUGCCUGUGGAGGCGCCGCACGGGCAGGACGGCGUCACGGUGCCGGCGCUGGUGGUGCGGGGCGGCCGCAUCCAGCCCGACCCAGCAAUCCCGCUGCCCCGUGGGCUGCCGCUGCGCUGCGCGCUCGAUGCUGGCAUGCUUCCCGCUCUGGAGCGGCUGCUGCGGCGGGCGGGCAGCAAGACGACCUCACCGCACGCGGCCGUGGUGGCGGGGAUGGCAGCGGGCGGCCUGCUCGGGAGCUGGCUGCAGCUCGCCAUCAGCACCGGCGGCGGCAGUAGCUUGGGAGCGGGCGGUGUCGGGUUGCGGCAGGCGGCGGCGCUGGUGGUGACCUACGGCAAGCUGCUUCGCCGCGCCGCCGCGCCCAUGCUCGCCUUCAUCGACUCGUGCUGUCGCAUGGAGAUCGAUGAGGCCAGGGCUGCUCUUAGGUCCGCGGUGGCGACAGGCCUCGUCACGCGGGACCCGAACACGGGCGGCGGCCUGGUUUUGUACGCACAGCACUUGGCAGCUACAGCUGCGAAGCUGCUGCGGCCAUGGGCUGACAGCCUCAUCCCAGAGCGUGCCGCGGGUGUCGGCAGCCUGCUGCGGUGGCCGCAGCAGCAACAGCAGGUGGACGGAGCGGCAGGGUCGCAGCAGCAGCAGCAGCAACAGCAGCAGGCGUCGGCGGCGCUGCUGGCGCUGGCGGCGCGGCACUGGUACCCCACGCUGGCGGCGCUGGGGCGGCGUUACUGGUUCGUGUCGCUCGCGGUGUUCCUGGACGAGGUGGCCCUGGAUCAGCAAGACACACGGUUUCGCAACGCGUGGCUGCAAUUGGGUGACAACUACCUCAAGCUCAAAGACAAGCUGGGAACGGGCGUGGUGGAGGCCGCACGCGCGUUCCGACACGCUUUCGCACCGGCCGCAGACUUCCUAUUCGUGUACGGCCCCGCCCUGGACCUGCUACUGCCUCCCUCCGCCCGUGCCUCCGCCGCCAUUGCCGCCUCGCCCGCUGCCAGCACCGCCGGCAGGUGGCAGCAGGCCGGCGGCGGCGGCGGCGGCGGCGACCCGGCGCCGGCGUCGCUGAUAUGGUACCUGCAGUCCUGCGACCUGUACACGUGGACGGACGGUACCCCUCCGCCCGGCAGCGGCGGCAACCGCACGGAUAACGUGGUUGAGGUGACGCGGGAGCUCUGGCACACCUACUUAAUCAUUUCGGACGGCGGCGGCGCUGGCGAGCGGGCGGGCUGGGUGCGGCGCGGCGCGUGGUCGGACGGCGGCUGGCUGGCCUUGUAUUCGCCGGUGGAUGCGGUGGAUGUUGUGGGAUGCCACGUGGUCUACCUCGCCACCACCUCAGGGAACAACUCCACCGCCGCGCCCUACGCCACCUCGCCACGCCUCCUCCCCGCCGCCGUCCAGCUGCACCCGCGCGCCGCCAGUGUCGUCAUUGCAGUCACCGCCUCCACCCUGGCCUGUGUCCCGGCGGCCUAUCCCCUGCCCGCCGCCGGCGAGCUGCACGCCCGGGGCCCUCUGCAGGGCGUUGGCGUAUCUGCCAGUGCCUGCUGGCGGCCGGAGUGGCUGCGAGCGCGGGCCAGCGCAAUCGAGACGGCUGCGGCGGGCGAGGAGGCGGUGCGGCAGCGCCGCCUGCAGGCCAAGCAGGGCCAGGGGAAGCAGCAGGGCAAGGGCAAGCAGGGCCAGGGCAAGGCGGAGGGCGCAGGGGCCAGUGGCGAGGGGGCGGCCGACGAGGCAAAGGCGGAGCGGCUGUGUGGGCUGGUCGGCAGCCUGCGGCACGCGGCGGACCUGGUGGAGUCGCUGCUGCAGCAGUUGCCGCCGGCUGGAGGGCUGGAGCUGAUGCAGCUGGUGAUGACGAAGCAGCAGGACGAGCUGGAGUGGUGGCAGCGGCAGCAGGAGCGGCGGGAGGACCCGGCGAGCAAGCGCCGCAAGUGCGGGCAGCAGGCCCCGGAGGCGGAGCCACAGGGACGCGGCGGCGGCGGCAGCGCGGCGGCUGCGGGCGUUGCAGGGGUUGCGGCUGAGGUCGAGGCUGACGGUAGGGGUGAGGGGGAGGCGCCGCCGCUGCUGGGUGUCGUAGUGUGGCGCCGCGUGUGUGCGGCGGCGCAGGACGCGACACGCGCGCUGCAGACGUUCGAGGCCAGCUGCGGCAGUAGCGGCAGUAGCAGCAGCAGUAAUGCGGGAAGCAGCAGUGCCGGCAGUAGCAGUAGCAGUUGCGGCUGGCUGCGCACCUGCUCCUACCCCGGCUGCGAGAGCCUGGCGGGCGACAGCGAGCAGGGGCAGGCGCUCAAAGGCUGCGGCGGCUGCGGUGGUGCGGUGUCGUAUUGCUGCCGGGAGUGCCAGGUGGCGGAUUGGAAGGCGGGGCACAAGGCGGCGUGUGCAGGGCUGGCGGCGGCACGCGGCAAGUAGCGGGGCGGAGGGUGCGGUGCACGGGCGGUAGGGGCGUACUGAAGGCUCAGUGAUGGUGUGUACUACCGUGAUUGUGCGCACUACUUACACAAGCGAUCGGCUCUUAGCAUGUGGGGUCGCUUGGCAUCUAUAUUAGGAAGAACUAAUCAGAUCUGCUGCGGUGCGUGACUGCGGUCGUUCAGCGACUGCGCCUACCGGUUGCAUGUCAUGUUUGGCUAGGUCAAGCCAGGGCAGCCCCCGCUCCAGUGCUCGUAUCUUCCUUCGUUCGGAACAUAAUACGCCCCAAAACGCCGAUCUUGGCUUGAACUUUCGGCCAUGAUACACGGGAAUU